UCAUUUAAUGCUGCUUGCAGUAGGUUCUCAGCAAAUAGAACUAUUUAUAAUAACGAUAUCCUACCAGCAAAAAUGCAUUAACAAACGUAAAAAACAUAUUUAAAACAAGAUGCAAACAGUGAACUGAGGUUAUUACAGAAAUAAGUAUAGUCUGUUUCUGUUCCUCUCCAAGCCACUAUGCGCUGAAUGCAAUAACUUGGCAACUGCAUCAUCUCCUUUGGACGUACAGAAGUCUGUGCAAGCGUGUCUAGAUGUCAGCGGAGACCAGUUUUUCGAUAACUGUUGCUGGAAUUAGUGCAACGAAGCUUAAAUAUUCAAGCAUGCGUCCAAGAACAUUUUACUUAUCGCCAAAUCAAGAAUUCCAAGUUAUAAGUCAAGUACUCUGUGAAGGUAUGCCGUGCCCUGAAUUUUCAGUUGUUCAAGAUCAUCCAAAUUUCAUUCAGCAGCGUUCCUACAGAUCUUCAAAAUUUCUGAAGCUGACAGCACCUCGGCUUUGCAGCUUAAAAUCGGUUUUGGAAGACGGUAUAGACAGGGCGGAAAAAUACAUUAAAGGAGCCAACAACAGAGAACAAAUGUAUGUUCACACUCAACCGCUUUUGAUCGAAGUGGACCAGCAUACGAGUUCAAAAUCCAAAAACCCUUGGUGUCGGAUGAGUUACAGUGCAAAUUUAUUUAUACCUCAUUUUUGGGGGAUUAUAGCGACACCAACAAAGAUAUUAGCUGAAUUUCAGGAGAUACCGGAAAAUUCUCAAAUUUAUGUUCAUACUUUUGAAGGAAAUAUAGAAAAAGUGUUACUUACUGAAAUUGAAUUAUUUAGGAGAAAUUUAGACUCUCUUAGAUUAUGCUACAAAAAGAUGAAGUUUUAUGUAGCAAUUUAUGACAUUCCUCACAGCCCAAGCGACUCCAGAAAUGAGCUAUGGUUUUUAAAAUGCAGUGGAAGGUAAUACAGAUUGAAGAAAUUAGAAAGCAGCUAUUAUUUUGUAUUUAGCUCAGGAAACUAAACUAUUAUUCUGAUAUGAAUAAGGAUCUCAUCAUACUAAUAUGGAUCUUAUCAGACAUAAUCUUUGCAUAUAUUCAUUACAACACAUCGGUCACAAAGUAAAUUUAAUACUUUAUAUUUAAAUGCACUUUCUUAUAUCUUUCAUGUCUAAACACAAAUUUGAUAGGCUCUUGAAAAAAUUGUUUUUAAACGCAAUUAUUUAAAUAACAGAAAAAAAAUACUUACUCGUUUAUAGCUAUAGACAGUCAAUAUAGAAUUACAGCCAUAUCAUUAUUAAAGAUGUUUUUAUAAUUCGUUUGCUCUCAUAGUUCCCCCUCCCCCCCCCCGAUGUUCCCGGAAGCGGUUUAUCAUUAAUGUUAGUUUUACCAUCUCAGAAACCUGUAAGCUACUUCUCGCAAUCAUCGAAUAGUAUGACGUUCACUCUAAAUGUAAACUAUACAAGCUGCUCCGUUUCUAUAGAUACUUUUGAGUUACAUCAAGACACUUGAGGCAGCGUAAAUGCUCUGCUUCUGUUUUACAUGUCAUAAAAUGAUAUUUUGUAACUUCAGAUGCCAGAGAUAAAUGUAAAGUCUAUAAUUAAGUACCUUCUUAACCCUUUCAAGGGCGGUAUCAGUGUCAAUAUGUCACCUUUUAACAAAUAUUUUUAAAGUAAAAAAUCGCUUUUAAAUAGCUGCAUAAAAUUUCUUACUGCUCUGUAACUCUUUCCUGAAUCAAUAGAUAGCAGCACAACAACUCAGAGGCAUUGGUAGGAAAAAAUUGAUGGCGGGCGUAUGUUCAUUCUACUCUGAAGGAAAUUAUCUUUCAUUUAUUUCUAUAAACAAUCGUUUUUACAGUCGAAAUGCGCACAUUUUUUGGUCUUAUUCUGGCUAAUGUCCAUCACGAUUUCUUUAAAACAGUUUUUAUUUACAAAAAAUGCUUUCAAAAUUAGCGGAGGUUUUAGGUGUCAUACUUAGUCUGACACCACACGACUGCGUGUUUCCCACUACUUCCUUUGCAGUAUUUCAUUCUAAAUGAUUUUUGAAAUAUUAUUUCUAUAUCUAAAGUAUUAAUCAAGAAAACAUUGCGCAUUUUUUGCCAGUGAUGUCUCCAUGAUUGUCAAGAAACAUACUACAUGUUUUUUAUUAUUAGAAUAUUAUAAAGAAAUUGUAUUCAUAAAUGUGUAUAUAUUAUAUUAUUUAGAAAAAAUUGCAAGUUUGAAUAUUAAUAUAAAUAAAUUUUAAAAAACGCGGAUCCGGAGCAAAGUAACAGAUAUUUAUUAUACAUACAUAAGAAACAAGUUUAUUACAUAUUUUUUUAUGAUUUAAAACGCAAUAUUUGCAGAUUAGAUCCAAAGCAUGAUACCUAGAUGAGCGGUGUCAGUCCCAGGUAUGACACCUGCCCUUCCAUCUCCCUACAAUCUUAAUUUUGUUUUAGCUGUAAAUUAUGUUUGUAGGUUUGGAGAAUCCCAUUUAAAUAAACGCUCCUAAAAAAAUACAUUUUUGGCAUAGUGCUCCGCAGAGGGUUAAACUAAGAGGUUUAUUUUUAAACCAAGCAGUUAAGUUUAUUAAUUUACAGUAACGGCUCCAAUGAUUGCUAACAAAUAUUUACUUGCAUUCCAACGAUUUUUUCAAGCUCAGUUUUAAUUAUCAACGAAGACAUAUAAAUAAAUACAUAAAUUUUCCUCCGAGAAUUCAAAUUUUCAGUCUUAGAAAACCAGAUUAAAUUCUAAUGUACGUUUCAUUUAAUGUUAGAGUACUUAACAUAUUACUCAACUAUUUUCAAAUAUUGUUCUAAUAUUUACAGGUCUAAUUUGUCUUCUUUGACAUAAUGUGUUGCGGUUUCCCUGUUUUGCAAUUUUCUAUCACCUUACUGUGCGCCUUCGUUGUGUAACUGGAAACACAUCCGGCUGGCAAUCCACAAGUCCGCGGUUUGAAUCCCAGCUUGGGCAUUGCUCCUUUUCCAUUUCAGUUCGAGCUACGUUUCCCGCUCCGAAAUAAAUGGUGAUGACUCUAUACCAUCAGUUGAGAAAGAUCAGUUAUUAAAAGAGGCCCACCAGCAGCAAAGUCGUUGAACACUGGUAGUUCGAUCUGUUAGAUUCCAGGCGAAAGAGCUGGCUACAUGGGAGCUUUCGCGUUUCUUACAAUGUGCAAUGUGGAUACGAGACAGUUUUCCUUAGAAAGUUCGCCACGAAGGCAUCCCUCCUCUUAGACAUAUAGUCCUCAAAUACUUUAUAAUCCUCAAAUACACAUAAACAAAUAAACUAAACCAUUUAUUACAAGAAAAAUUAUGGUUGAUAUAAUUUUAUAGACAAAUUAUACUAAAAUCAGCGAUCAAACAAAAUAGCUUCAUUAAGUACCACAUAUUAGUACGAAAAAAAAAAUCAUCUUUAAACAAAUCUUCUCCUAAAGUCAAACAUAUCUAACAGGUAUAACUCAUUAUGAUUUAUUUCUAUAUGCUUGAAAUUUCGCAGAUAAACGGGUAACUAAGUUAUUAACUCAUAAAUGCUAAAAUAAAAUAUACGCGCGGCACAUUUGAGAGUAACCAAUUAAUGUUUACAGCAAAAUUAGUACAUUAAAAGAAAAACUAAUUACAAAUUAAUACAGCAUGCGAGGUGGCCUUCUGUGAGUUUGAUAUGCAUCGGUUUUGAAGACAUCUUUCAGGCUUCUAGUAGGAUUGAUAGAAAUGAAGUUCAUAAUAGUUAUCUAAAAGUUAUAAUUUGAAAAGAAGUUAAUUUAUUUUUUUUAAAAAACUUGCUAUUUUGAAAACAAGUCUGAUAAUUUGUUUAAUAAAAAGCGUUUGCCAACACUUAAAUGACUUCGCAUCUUUUCGAAGGAAAGGAAAUUUGGUAAACACACACACACACACACACACAAAAAAAAAAAAAAAAAAAAAAAAAAAA